GUGAAAGGCAGCCUGGCUAUCUUGAGGUUUCUAAUCAAAAGAGCUAGUUCCUGAUUUUUGCUGGGGCUGGAACCAUCAGGACUCAGGCAGCCUCUGAACAUUUUAGUUAGGAAAGAAAUGUAUUUUAAAGGACUCCAUCAAGAAGAUUUUCUUAAAUGAGGGGUAUUUGAUGCCUUCAAAAGAGAAGACUAUAGGAGAAAAGUGCUGCAUACUGCUGGAAAAAAAGGGUUCUUAAAGAAGGCUUCAAGAUGGAAAGCAUUCAUAAGGCUGAGAUAUUCUAAUGAAGGUCAUCUCACUCUAGCCAAGGUGGAAGGAAAGACUUUAACUGAAAAAGAUGGACAACAAAACUGCCAGUAACAACACGGAAUGUUCUCUGAAUUCUCUAAUCACACAAUACUUCAUUCCCCUGCUCUAUUUCUUUGUCUUCGUGGGUGGGAUUCUGCUCAACGGGAUAUCUGCGUGGAUCUUUUUUUACGUUUCCGACAGCAAGAGCUUCAUCGUCUAUCUUAAGAACAUCGUGGCAGCUGACUUUCUGAUGAGUCUAACUUUCCCAUUCAAAAUUCUGAGUGAUUCCAAAAUAGGGCCCUGGCAGCUGAGCAUCUUUGUGUGCAAGGUUUCCGCAGUGGUCUUCUAUAUCAACAUGUACGUGGGAAUCGUGUUUUUUGGGCUCAUAGGAUUUGACAGGUACUACAAGAUCGUCAAGCCCCUUCUGGCUUCUUUUGUUCACACGGUAGGCUACAGUAAGAUCCUCUCUCUCCUCGUCUGGGUCCUGAUGCUAUUCCUGGCCGUCCCCAACAUCAUUCUGACUGAUCAAAGUGCUAAGGAGGAAGAUAAUGUUAAGUGCAUGGAACUCAAAAAUGAAUUGGGGCUCAAGUGGCACAGAGCCUCCAACUACAUUUUUGUGGGCAUCUUCUGGAUCGUGUUCCUUCUGCUGAUCAUCUGUUACACGGCCAUCACGAGGAAAAUCUACCGCUCUUACCUUAGGUCCAGAAGGAAUUCCAUCUCUGUCAAAAAAAAGUCCAGCCGUAACAUAUUCUGCAUCAUGCUUGUGUUCUGCGUGUGCUUUGUCCCUUAUCACGUUGCCCGAAUCCCCUAUACCAGAAGCCAAAUUGAAGGAGAUUAUGACUGCCAAUCCAAAGAAAUCCUGCUCUAUGCAAAAGAAUUCACUCUGUUCCUCUCUGCAGCCAAUGUGUGCCUAGACCCCAUUAUUUAUUUCUUCCUCUGUCAACCAUUUAGAGAAACGCUGCGGAGGAAGUUCCACCUCAGAUUAAAAGCCCCAAAUAGCCUGGAAAAUUCCAAAACCAAGAGAAGCAAUGAAAUGAUGGACAAUGCAAUUCUGGAUAGCACAGACACGCUCUGACACCCCACUGGGAGCUUUCACAGAGCAAGACUUUAUGUUGCGCUGCCCAUCCAGCCAAGAUGAGUAUAUAAGAGACAGCUAUGCCAAUAAACACAGUUUCCAGGCAUUACUGUGUAAAGUACUUAUAACAAUCAAAAGGAUUCCAUGCACAGAACUUUCUGCAUUACAGCAGUACCCAAGAAAAGCUUAGUCAGUAGUUUGCUCAUAAUACUGAACCGUUUUCUCCCAUUCAUAAAAAAGCAUGCAUGUCUGAUUUAAGAAUAUUCCCUGAAAACUAGAAGGUUUUCUCCUUCAUUCAUUCAUUCAGCCAACAGGCAUUCAUUUAGUGCCAGGAACUGGGCAAAGCACUGGGGGUGCAAAAACAAAAACAAUUCCUGCCAUCAUGGAGAUUGUAAUCUGCUAGUGGGAAAGGUGCAUACCAAUAAGAAUAUUCAUUAUGACUAAGCUGGUCAGUUAAUGUAUUUUUUAAAAAAACAAGAAGAAAUUAUUUUAAAAUGCUCACAUACUCCUUGUGCUACCCUCAAAUGGAGAACUGGCAGAAGGGGAAAGGCUGGAGGCUCAUAAAGAAUUUUAUUCAAUAAUCUACCCAAUUCAAGAGACCCUGGAGCACAGAACCAUUCAAAACCAACCUAAUGAAUACUUUGAAAGAAAAAAAAAGAUCAAAAAGGACAAAUUUUAGUGAAAAGACAAUAAACCUAAAAGAAAGAAGGUAGGUGUGAAACAGAUCACCCCAGUGAACUUUACUAGUUGGACUUUCAAAGUCAUAGCAAGCUAGCUGAUCUAAGUUUACAAGAAGGUUGUUUAUGCUGUUUAGUUUAUAUGAGCAUGGAUGCAUGAAGAUCCUUCCCACAUUUGGGGCACAGUCCAUAUUGCCCUUCACAAACAGAUGCCCCUAGCAGCAAAUGGACAGGUUUCACUUGGUUUGGUCUCCACACACUGGCUUCUCUCGAUCAUUGCUAGCUUUUCAAGUAAUAAUCUAAUAAGCAUUCUUAGUCCAAUGAACUGCCCUAUCUUGCUCAUGAUAUAGCAGGACAAAGGCAACAUGGAACUAGACCGACACUGUUCCUUGUACUCUAAAAGAAUGUAAGCUCUUUGAAGGCAUAUUGGGUUCAGCACCUAGAACAGUUCCAUGUACACAGUAUGUACUUAAUAGAUAUUUGUUGUUUGCUUACUGAAAUGUAAAGGUUGUCUGCUAGGUACCUUCAUUCAUUUUACAUUUUACAUUUAGCACAGUGCCCAUCUCAGAGUAGGCACGUAAAAUGUAAUAAAUAUUUAUUCAGUAUACCUGGUACAAGGCAUUGACUACUUAAGGAAUUCUCUAGCUUUUGGAGGUAGGCUCUGUCCAGCUAGCAAAAUGUUCUUAUCACUCUGGGAUGUGGCAGUUGUUGAAAAAGAGACCAAAUCAGCAGAAGCUAAUAUAUGUUCACAAGGCACUAGACAUCUCCCAAUUGCAGGAUGACCCAGACCUAGUGACUUCUACUCAAAGUCAGGAAUAGUUCAUAGUAUCGGUUUGAAGGGCCCAAGGUAUGGUGAGAUUCAUUUGAAUAAGCUCACAAAAGUAAGACUUUUUGGGUAGUUAUCAUCAUUGUUGAGUUGUUUCAGUGGUAUCUCUUUCUGACUCUCCCUGACCUCAUUUGGGGUUUUCUUGGCAAAGAUACUGG